UUCGUGCAUGUUGUCGUCAGGUUAGCUGAAAAAGUGCAUGAUGGCACUAGGUGCAGACCCGGAAGUUUGGACAUGUGCAUCGAUGGACAGUGUCAGAGAGUCGGCUGUGAUUUGAAAAUAGGAUCCACCAAGCAAGUGGAUGAAUGUGGGGUUUGCGGGGGAGAUGGGUCUUCCUGUUCGAGGCCCCUCUACCAUUGGACGUUGACUUACGCCUCUUUGUGCUCAGCAACCUGUGGAGGGGGAUACAAGAUGUCACGUCCCGUGUGCCAGAACCGGGUGACGGCGGAGGAAGUCGAAGAGGAGCUCUGCAACGACUCUCAAAAGCCAGACCGUACAGUCGUCGAAUGCAACAUUCACAAUUGCCCUCCCAAGUGGCAUACGGGCGAAUGGGGCCCGUGCUCAGUCAGCUGUGGAGGCGGUUCGAAACUUCGCCAAGUUCACUGCGUCGAGGAGACAAACAAUACCAAAAUAAGGGUGGAUGAUACAAAGUGUGCUGGGCACAAACCUUGGUUUCAGGAGGUUUGCAAUCAGAUGGAAUGUCCUACCUGGCUAACAACGAAGUGGUCUGGAUGUUCGGUUUCCUGUGGAGAAGGCUUCCAAGUGAGAGGCGUAGAAUGCAGAGACUCCCACGACAAACCGAGCGAAUUAUGUUCUGAAGACAACAAACCAGCAACCAGGAAACCCUGUUCCACAGGCAUACAGUGUCCAUUCCGCGUAGACACAAGUGAAGAGCUGAUGCCAGGGUUGUAUCACACCCAACCCUUAGUGCAACCGUACCCACCACCGCCGUCACCAGAGAGGCUCAUCGGAGAACAAGUGGUUCCUUCAGAGAGCACAUUUAUACCAGAUGAAUGGGGUCCCUGUAGCGAAACAUGCGGAGAAGGCAUCCGGAAGCGCGAAGUUCACUGUAAAAUCUUCCUAGAGUUCUCCAGGACAAUCGCAAAACUGCCCGACAAGCAAUGCACGGGUCCAAAACCAGUAGAAAUAGAAAAAUGUUACAUGGAACCAUGUGCCUCAGAGAAAAUAGGUGUAGACAUCAAAGACGACCCUUACAGAUCAGAUAUUAAGGUUGCUCCAGGGUCUCCUGCUAAAUCUUACUCUUGGAAAGAGCAAGGAUAUACACAUUGCAGUGCUACCUGUCUUGGUGGGGUGCAGGAGCUUAUAGUUAACUGUGUUAGAGACGACACCCAGAAAGUUACGUCGCCUUAUAUGUGCCCUAUAGAACUUAAACCAGAAAUCCUUAUGAGAACCUGCAACGACCAUCCUUGUCCACCCAGGUGGAAUUACUCGGAGUUCUCUCCAUGUUCCCAAAGCUGUGGAAUUGGCAUUCAAACGAGAGAAGUAAAUUGCAUUCAUGAAGUUACUCAAGGUGGUGGGAACACUGUGGUUGUUCCCAAUAACAUGUGUCCUCAACCACCGCCUCCGGACAGGCAGUACUGUAACGUCUUAGACUGUCCUGUAAGGUGGAAGGUCCAUGAAUGGUCUAGAUGCUCAAAGAGCUGUGGAGGUGGGGAAAAGACAAGAAAAGUAGAAUGUAAACAGGUAAUGGCACAGAACCACACAGUUGAUAGGCCUCCUACUAUGUGUCCCUCACCGAAACCUGUUGAGACUAAAUCGUGUAACACCAAAAGUUGUAUAGUUGAAAGCGAUAAGCCUCAUAUUGACGUCUCUAAUAGUACUUUUAUACAACACGACCCGAAGAAGAAAAAGAUAUCAUUGAAGGUUGGAGGAGCUGCAACGGUUUUUCUUGGAACAACCAUAAAAAUUAAAUGUCCCGUGAAACGGUUCAACAGGACGAAAAUUCAGUGGAUCAAAGACAAGAAUUAUCUACCAAAAACAAAAAAGUAUAAAACCUCCAAAAAAGGCGCUUUGAGAGUAUCGAACCUUACCUUGCGAGACAGUGGACUGUACACAUGCGUUGCUGGUAAAUCCUCUGCUAGUAUCCACAUUUCAGUUAGACCCAAGCCUGGAGAAUUUCCUACAUCCGAGGAAAUCCAAAAACUGGGAUAUAAGCCGGAUAAAGUCGAUUUGAUAUCUGAUAUAAACAUUAACAGAGACGACGGUAAUCCGAUUUUUAGCGACGACCAUUCUCACGAACAGAGACCUGAUGGCGUCAGGAAGAAUCCCACAUCUAGGACCCGGUUGUUUACACCAACGUUGCCUUCUCUGAGGUUGGAUACCAAUCUCAUAAACAAAAAUUCCCAGAGCACCACCGAUAUAUCCGAUUCGGAUCAACAAUUGUGGCCUUUUCAGACGUUCAGCAACUCCCGAGGACACCGAAUGAUAGCCUUCCCAGAAGACAAGGACAAUUAUGGUGGGGCAAUCCAGGAAUUUCCAAGAGAUGGUUUAGAUGAACAAGGGGAGGACGGAAGCACAGAUGACGACGAAGAUGGUAACAUUGUAAUUCUCGGGAAAGGCACCAGGGAAAAUCUCGUCUUUGAGUGGAAAACAUCUCCAUGGUCUGUAUGCUCGCAAACUUGCGGAGGGAAUGGGUAUCAGUUCAGGACGAUGCGCUGUGUAGUCAGGCUACACAAUGCAACGCAAGGAGUAGACAGUAACUUGUGUGACGAUGCCGGAUUGGACCUUCCGAAAACGAGACGGAAAUGCGGCUUCGAUGACUGUCCCCAAUGGAAUGUGUACAAUUGGGCGCCUUGCGAGAGAUCUAAGUGUUUUGCUUGGCAUAAAGCAAUGCAGCGGCGAAUGGUGAAAUGCGAAAUUGGAGGGAAUUUAACUGUAGAUCCUUUUCAAUGUGAAGAGAAUGAAAAACCUAUAGACAGACAAGAAUGCUAUAAUGAAAAAUGCGUUGGGAAGUGGAAGGUUGGCCCUUGGUCCGAGUGUGCAGCAGCUUGUGAAAUGCAAGGCGUGAAAUACAGAAUUCUACAGUGUGUCUGGUAUGGGACAAAAAAAUUGGCAGGUACAGCGUGCAAAAAUCUAAUAAGGCCACCAGUUAUGAAGACCUGUAAAGGACACUCUUGUACUCAUGAAGAUCCAAUAUGCAUGGACCACUCGAUGUUCUGUCCAAACGUGAAAGCCAUGAAUAUGUGCAAGAUAAUGAGGUAUCAGGAACAGUGCUGCCAAACCUGCAAGGGGUAAAAUAAUAAUUCGCCCGGUCUGCCAUAACAUAAACAAUCGUUAGAAGUUGUUGUCGGUGCGGUGUGUGAGAAAAGUGUGUUCAAAGAAACUGAUAAUUGACUUAUAUCAGCCACAAAUCGUCUUUAUUGUAUUAUAAGAAAGCUGCACGUAGCAAUAGCGGUAGAUUUACAGCCAUUUGAUGAUCUGGCCUAGCUGGUCUAUGUUAUUGCAUUUCUCUCCUUCAUAAGAAAAAGUAUCAGCUUGAAAUGUUGAAUGGCUUGUUGGGAGAACGCUGGAUUUGCUCACUGCCAAAAAAUUUCAUCAUGAUCUGUGUUUUUGCAAGAACUUACGAAAAACGAUUCAUUUAACUGGAAGUACGCAAAAUAUUCAGCGAACAAAUUUCCCCAUACAUUUUUAAUUUACUACAAUAAAACAUGCUUCAAAAAGAAGCCAAAAAGAAGCAGAAAUAUCUUCCUCCAGUUACGUGGAAAAGAGAUGAUAAGCAAUUUUGUUUGAAUAUAGUAAAAAAAAGUAGCAAAAUGUCACUACUGUUAUGAAUUUAACAUUUGAAUAAUGAUAUUACUCUUAUGGAGAAGCGAUACUUCAAGACUGAAUUUAUGUUCCCUUGUUUUAAUAUAAAUGUUGAGACUUUUAAUUUUAAUUGCCCACGACAUUCCAGAAUUGCAUAUAUGUAUGUAAAACCUUGAAUAUGGGGUAAAAUUAGUAGGUAAUAAAGAUAUUCCAAAGUGUUUAAUUAUUAUAAGUCCGAUAAGUUGUAAAAGUCAAUAAUAGAAAUAGUACCAGAAAAUAUAAUAUUGUUUAAGUAUAUAAAUAAAUAGUUAGAGAGUUACCAGAUCCGUUUUUUAAAUUAAUCGAAUCCAAUAUGUUACAUACGAUAUGUAAAGGCU